ACUGCGCUACCCCUGGCUGGGCAGCCCAGCUCUGUUGGAUAGCCCAGACAGCUGAGGCGCCAUCCUUUCCCUGCAGGCCCUAAGAGACAAGACAGCUAUUCGCGGCUCCCGACCAUCCAUCUGCUGUCCACUACGAAGGCCAGCCCAUCGAAGCCGAUUCCAAACUUGAAUUCUGUAUGGCUGCUUGUGGAGCUGUUUAAAUUAGCGGUUCGGAGCACCCGGAUCUGAGAAGCCAGUGGACAGAGAUCAACCCUACCCAGGACCUGAACUCUCACGGCAAGCCCCUGUUGCAGAGGCUGGAUUUAAUAAAGGCGAAGGCCAGUUUCCGAGCUCUGUUCCUACCGAAACGCGAGGAAGAUACUGCCCAGGAACGAAGGUUCUUUGGAGGUUUCUGCCGAUCAGCCCCAGAAAGCCGAAGCAUCUUGAUACCUGACUGUUGUCGGCCAUGACUAGCAUCCUUGUUCGUCUGAGUAACAGCCGAAGGCAGAAUGCAGCUUUUCUGCCUUUGGCCCAUUCCAUGCUGAGGGCCCUGGGGAGGAGUCUUGGUCCUUUGAUGGCCAACAUAGCAGCAGAGAGAAAGAUGAAGUUGUUUUCUGGGAGGGCAGAGCUGAUCCCGGGGGAAGAAACCUUUGAGAACUGGCUAAGCCAAGUCCACGAGGUCCUGCCAGACUGGCAUAUGUCUGAGGAGGAAAAGCUGAAACGCCUGAUGAGAACCCUUAGGGGCCCUGCCAGGGAGGCCAUGCGUUUGCUCCAGGCUGCCAAUCCCAAUCUAAAUGUGGCAGAAUUCCUGCGGGCCAUGAAGUUGGUGUUUGGGGAGUCUAAGAGCAGUGUAACAGUACGUGGUAAAUUUUUAAACACCUUGCAGACAUAUGGAGAGAGACCAUCUCUGUACAUGAUCCGUUUAGAGAUGCAGCUGCAAGAUGCUAUCCAGGCAGGGGUCCUUGCUGAGAGAGAUGCAAACAGAAUUCGCCUGCACCAGGUCCUUGUAGGGGCAGAGAUCAGUAGGGACCUGCGCAUCAAGCUUAAGGGGCUCCUCCAAAUGCAUGCGCACGAGCAGGAAGCCCUUCCUGACUUCCUGGAGUUAAUGGGGAUGGUAAGGGAGGAAGAAGACUGGGAUGGCAUUUUCUUUCAACAUAAGAGGGCCAGAAGAGCAGAGACAAUAAUGGAGAGGGCCGCCAGCCCUGUAGUAUUUCAGGGCUCCCUUCCUAUAGUGAUAGGCAGUGCUGACGGCAAUGUAAUAGAGAUAGAUGAUUCCCCAGAUGACUCAGAUGAAGAUGUGAUCCUGGUGGAACCUGAGGACCCUCCACUGCCAUCCCCAAGUGUCCCAUCCUUCAGAGGCAGAGCCGCUUCUCAGGAUGAAGUGCUAGUUAUUGAAUCCUCCAACAGUGAUGAUGAGGCUCCUUCCACUAGCAGUGGUUCUGGGCGAGGGGAUAAUGGGCCUGAGAAUCUUCAUAGACCCAGAAAGCGAAAAUACCCAAUCCGCUGUCCCCAGUGUGGUGAAGAGGGCCAUGCAAAAGAAACCUGUGGCCACAAUACCAGCAAGGGCCCUCUUUUUGAGAAUCUGAUAGUCACUCUGCAGGAGAUGAUUCAAAUGGAGAGAGCAAUACCCUCUGCACCAUACUAAGGUGUGAGAUUCAGCCCCAGAUCAAUGUUUAAUUCUGGAGGAAACAAAGUUGGGGUGGGCCUCAGAAGGAAUUAAUUCAAAACCAGUUUUUUUGGGGGGGGGAAGAAAAAGCAGAUUUGUACACCACAUACAUAAUGGAGAGGGAUGACCCCCCACAUCAUUCAUUGCUUAAGCAUCAUCUGACAGCUUAGUGGUUGUUUCUCUGUGUGUCUUUCUCUGGUGACUUUAAUCUGUUCGUGAAGUGGGAUCUUUCUGUACCUUCCAAAUGAAAUCUGAAAAAACCCGAAAUUCUCACCCUGAUACAAUCUUUGUCAGCCCUUUGGUGAACGUCCUUCUGUAUAUUUCCCUGUACCUGUGUGCCUAGAUAUAUAUGUAUAGACAAAAGUGAUCAAAUAUAAGUGCUGUUCUAUCUGUAUUUUUUCAUCAAGCAGCAUAUAUUGUGGACUUCUAAAUAAAUGAAUAUAUAAGCAUCUAA